AUGGCCUCGAAAGCGGUGCCGCUUCCAAAGGAGGAAGCGGACGAGCUCGCUCAGCUCUUCGCCGACCGCCUAUCUUUCACCGGCGCUAAGGCAAAGGAUCUGCUCAAGAAGCCGCCUCAAGCUAAGCUUCUGGCAAAAUUGGUAGCAGGCUUUGAAAUCGGAAGCAGUGAAGCGAAGAAGAUCGACAGCAAAGCAGCCACACUCGUCGUAACCGCAGCGACAAAUCCCACGGCGAUCGAAUAUGAGAAGAGAGAAUACAUUGUCAAACGUAUUCUGGAUGGAAGCCUGAAGAGCAACGAUCAAGUAAAUGCGGCUUGCAAAUUCCUCGAGGGAAACAAUCUUUCGGUAGAAGACUCAGUUUUUGACCACGAGUGCGGUGUUGGCGUGGUGAUCUCACGCGACCAGAUCAAGGAGCAUGUCGACUCAUACAUUUCUGCGAACAAGGAGAGCAUCGAUGCUGCGCUAGGCUGGGGCAAGCAUCAACUCAUCAUGGCGUCACUACGGUCAGAGCCGGCACUCCGAUGGGCAAACGCGCUCGACAUCAAAAACGAAACAGACUCAACCUUGGAAACUCACUAUGGCGACCGCAACGCCGCCAUGGCGAAGCUUCGCACGGCAGAGAAGGAGGCAAAGGACAAGGCAAAAACAGCAGGGAAGGACGCAAAGGCCGCGUCCACGGCAAAGGCGAGCGACCCGCACAAGGGUGGUGUCGCCGCUCUUGCCGGCUCGGCUGAUCGCAAGGACAAUGUCCUGCGAUCUGACGCCGAGCCGAUACGGCCCGAUGCCAUGUUCACCGAGGGCUUCCUCUCUCGACUCCACAAGCCUGGCGAGAACCCACAAUGCAAGCCUGAGCUCAAGGAACAGCACUUGAAGAUGACAAGCGGACGAGUCGUUACUCGUUUCCCUCCCGAACCGAAUGGCUUCUUGCACAUUGGUCACACAAAAGCGAUUGCAAUCGACUUUGGCUAUGCAAAACACCAUGGAGGUCUGACAUACCUUCGAUUCGACGACACCAACCCGGAGGCAGAGGAGGAAAAGUACUUUGAGUCCAUCCUCGAAGUGGUUCGAUGGCUUGGAUUCGAGCCUUUCAAGGUCACCUACUCAAGCGACUACUUUGAUCGCCUCUACGAGCUGGCCGUGGAGCUGAUCAAACGCGGCAAGGCUUACGUCGACCACUCAACACCAGAGGAGGUGAAAGAGGAGCGAGGCGGCGAGGCCAAAGGCCCACGGCAUGAGUCUAGGUACAGAAAUCAGCCGAUCGAAGCGAGUCUGAAGGACUUUGAGGACAUGAAGAACGGAAAGUACAGACCGGGCCAGUGCACGCUACGCAUGAAGCAAGACAUCUUGGGCAACGGGAAUCCUCAAAUGUGGGACCUGAUCGCUUAUCGCGUCCUGGAUGCAGCGCAUCAUCGGACGGGAACCAAGUGGUGCAUAUACCCAACGUACGACUUUACGCACUGCUUGGUCGACAGCUUUGAGAACAUCUCGCAUUCUCUCUGCACGACUGAGUUCCAGCAGGCGAGGGAGAGCUACGAGUGGCUCUGUGACGCGCUCGAGGUCUACAAGCCGCGUCAGUACGAAUUUGGCCGAUUGAGCUUGGAAGGGACGAUCACGAGCAAGCGGAAGCUGCUGAAGGUUAUCCAAUCGGGGCUGAUCAAGGACUGGGACGACCCGCGCCUGUACACGAUCAUCGCUCUCCGACGAAGAGGCAUCCCGCCGGGUGCACUGCUUGCUUUCGUCAAUCAGCUUGGCGUAUCCACCUCACCCGCGCUGACGACUAUCGACCGCUUCGAGUGGACCAUUCGUCAGCAUCUGGAAGCAACGACGCCGCGAUUGAUGAUGGUGCUCGACCCUGUCAAGGUCGUCAUCGAGGAUCUACCCGAGGACUACCUGCUGCAGAUCAAGAAGCCGCUGCACCCCAAAGUAACAGAGAUGGGUAUGAACACGGUGCCGUUCACGCGUACCGUGUACAUCGAUGCCAGCGACUUCCGAGAGGUGGACUCAAAGGACUACUUCCGCCUCGCGCCGGGCAAGACGGUUGGGCUGCUGAACACGCCUGAGCCGAUCACCGCUGUGUCGUACGAGAAGGACGCGUCGACGGGCAAGGUGACACUUGUGCGCUGCAAGACGGACAAGAGUGGCAAGAAGCCCAAAACGUGGAUUCAGUGGGUCGGCGAGCACAAGCCAAGCGGCAGCCCUGUGGUCAUCGAUGAGGCACGCAUCUUCCAUCGUCUGUUUACUGUCAGCAACCCUGGUGCGGAGGAUGACAUUCUUUCCACGCUCGAUCGCAACUCGCUGGAGGUGCACAAGGGCGCGAUGAUCGAGACGGGCUUCUGGACCGUCGCUGCGCGCGCAUUCGCGGGUGCACAAGCAGAAGCGGAGGAGCGCUCGCGCUCGGCUGAGAAAAUGCGCAGCCGCGAAGCGCAGAAGGAGGCAGGCGUGCUGUCCGACUUACCGGCGUCGAGCGGUGAAGGCGCGCCGAAGAGCUCGACGGGGCAGCUCGUCGGCAACGAGGUUGUGCGCUUCCAGGCGAUGCGCAUCGCGUACUUUACCGUCGACAGAGAGGCAGUACUGCCGGCGCUCGACUCGGCGGAUAAGUUGCAGAGGCUGGCUCAAGAGGAAGAGGGCUCCGGCCGCAGUGUGGACGCCGGCAACAGGAUCGUGCUGAAUCGUAUCAUCAGUCUGAAGGAGGACAAGGCGGUCGCGGGCACAAAGUGA